UUGUGCAUGGCACAGUCUCCAAGAACAUGCACUGGAGUCGGUCGAAAAAACAAUUCGCAAGGCGCAACGCAAGGCUCUGUGGCCUUGCAAAGACAAGUCUCUUCUCCCAGGAGAGCAGCAGACAGCGCAGCUCUCUGUGCUGCUGUGUUUUUUGGAACUUCUUUCGUUUACCGCGUGUAUUCUGUUUUUCGAUCAAAGAAACAGAACUCGCUUUUGCUGUACAUCUCAGGAGACCUCUUUUCUGUAUAGUCUUGCGCAUCGCGCCUUCUCACCACGAACCUCUCUCUCUGGCUCUCUGGGGGGUCUCCCUCCCCUUUCGUGUCUCUCUAUUUCUCUUUCCAGAGACUUUUCUCUGCUCGUCUUCUCCCCUUGAAGCCUUUCUCCAACCAAGCAUGCAUUUCGGUGGGAGACUGGGCGUCCUGUCCACAGUUCUUGGAAGACCAAAAGCGAGUUUCUUGUGCUCCUCUUUUCUGCGCGACUGCCUGUCUCGGAAGUUCGUCCUCUCUCCAGGGCGCCGGAACGGCCAUGUUUUCCCCUGGGUUUGGAAAAACGAUUCCAGAACGAGCAGAGAGGAAGAGAGAAAAAGAGCAUGCCUUUUUCCAAGUCGAGGCUGCCGCAGCAAGUGUGUCAGCAAAAGAAGUUCGAGGCGAACUCUCGGACUCGGUCUCUCCUUUCCAUUUCACCUUCUCUCCUCCUCCGAACUUCACCCAAAAAUGCAUUUAAAUAUCUACAAUAAAAGUAUGCAUGUGUGUAUGUGGAAAUCUCUACGACUCGAGACACAAGCAACUCUUGUUCCUUUCGUGAGAAACGGGCAAGGCGAAGCCCCCAUGUGGAGGUGGAAGAACGCGCGGAAAGUUCUGCGCACCCCCCAACUCCUCAAAUAA